CAUGGAAAAGAGAAGCAUCGAUCGGUGAACAUCUCACCCCUCAAACGCGUCCGAUAUCUCAGAUCAACUAGGACUGAUCGAAGUUCACAGUACACUCUCGGACGAUGCGGAGCCAACCUUCCUAUGCAUGGAUACGCACGACACAGACUUCAAUCAGUUUCCUUCACCAACGAAUCAGGUUUCUUCACAGGUAGAUGCGACGGAUGCUUGCGAUUACUUGCUCCUACUGAACUGGGGCGAUUUUUGUCGGACCAGUAGCCUUCGAGAUUUCAUUUCUCUUACGCUUCUGGAUACGGCAAAGCGUGGAUGGCUUCGCAGCAGUCUCAAAGGACGUCCAGUCCAUCUGCAUCAUCUCUCUUUCUUCCGCUAGGACGACGAGGCUCCCGGACAUCUUUGUCAGCUCAAGCCGAACGAAAAGGCCUCAAUGCUGCACUGGACCAGAUUCAUACGGCGGCUUACCAAUCUGGUUCCCUUACCACGUUCAAUGAUUUUACCAAUCCCCCGGCUCCCACUUCUGCGACAGAAGAGAAAAGCUUCUCGGGCGAGUUGCAAGGAGGCUUGAGUGGAUUAUAUAGUCGAUUUAGAACUUCUGUGGGUGGGGUAAAGGAUAUUGUAAGCGGCGUAGGGAGGUCGCUAGACAAAUCCUCUACUGAAGACCAUGGUCUAAGAAGCCCACCAUCGGAACGCUCCGUUUCGAGGUCUGCUCAUGGCUCGACAGCUUCCAUACCAGAAUCCCAGCAGUAUCAUCCAGGUUCAUCCCAGGGUUCAAGAUUACACUCACCAACAUCCGCAACCCACCCACCUCAGGAUGGUUUGCAUUCUCUACUAGCGGGAAAGGGCUCUAUGCUUUCGUCGAAGACUGCGAGCAUAUCCUCAAAAGCCUCCGUCUCGCCUUCACCUGCAAUGAAGUCUCCUGUUGCACCGUUACCCAAAAGCACGACUAACUCGGUUGCCGUAGAUCCGACAGUUACUGAGCUUCACGUCAACGCUAUCAAGGAGUCUCAUAAUUCAAGCAGCAACUCCGUGAAUCUCUCCUCACACAGUUUCCAAUCGAUAGACUCAGUUAGUACAGACAAAGAAGACGGUCCGCUCACUGCAUCUUUAAGCUCCUCGGGAUGGAGCCAGCGACUAUCACAUUCCCCGGUCUUGCAGGCGAAGGCCCAGCACUUCUCGUAUGAAGGUCCGGGCGCUUCAGAUGCUAGCAGGUCAUCUACAACGAACAGUCAGGCACCGGAUAGCUUUAAGAGGGCAGAUAUCCAGGCCAUUCAUGAGCCAGAUACAUCAUUACCUGGUUCGAUGCGAAGAGCGAGACAAUCAGCUGAUGGAACUCAUGAUGGGGCAUUCUUGGCUCAAGAGAGGAUUAGAUCGAACUCGGGGGCUUCAUUCAGCCCAGAUAAAUCUACUAUCAUUUCAACGUCUGGAGCAAAUAGUGUCUCUCAAUUUCCCGGCAACGCUGACAACUCUUUCCCUGAAGAGCAACACCUUUCUGCUGCUCCAACGCCUACGCCCUUGGCACAGGGGGAAGUUCAGCCGAGAGACCUGUCAAAGACAGUCGUCAAGAAUAAGCCUAAGGAAAGAUUAGUCCUUCCAAGCUCGAACCGCUUGCCAGGAUAUGUGGCUUCUCAAGCCUCUCCAAGUGAUAUAUCGAUGGACUCUACUGCUGUAGUGCCACUAGUCACAACGGUCGAUCAUGGCCCUAGUCAGGAUGGGCGAAGCUGGCGUUCUCAACCAGCCGGUGAUGGUGUCAUGUCGCAACUUCGGAGUAAACUGCUCAGUAAAGAUUUUUGGAUGAGAGAUGAGAAUGCGAAGGACUGCUUCCACUGUGGAGAGCCGUUCUCUACGUUUCGACGUAAACACCACUGUCGGACAUGUGGCCAGAUAUUCGACUCUAAAUGCACACUUCUGAUCCCUGGUGAGAGGUUCGGCCAGCCGAGCACUAUACGCGUCUGCAAGCCGUGCGAAGCCAUGAUUAAUGGGCAUGAUGAUGAUUCCUCUGAGUUCUCGGACAGCGAACAGAGCCCAGUCGUAGUCAAUCCUCGGGCCUCUGAUCUAGGCUUAAGAAGUUAUCCACGUCCGACCGCUGAUGAUGAUGACGCGUCCUCUAUAAUUUCGCAAUCAAUCGACCAAGUUUUGAAAACACCUACAAUGGCAAUUCCUGCAACGAGACGUGCUGGCGAAGGCCAUAAUCGCCGGUCGGCUGUCCUAGAGAUCAGCCCAGACCGUCCAUUAGCUCGGCCAACAUCCUCAAGGUCACUCAAGUCAUCACUCAGUGGGAGGACUCAUUCAAUGGGCCAUAAGCGCCACCACUCUCGUCAGCAGUACAUUCGUAACUUCAAGCCUUAUCAUGAUGACCGAGCCCCUUUCCAGAGGCGGCAUGUGGAGGACACUGCUAUAGAAACACGACUCCCCGCGUUUCAUAAAGAUAAUAUCAUCGACCCGGAUCUGGCACAAUAUCUCUCCGAUGAUGCAUCCAGCGGUGACGAACAACCAAGUCUACUAUCAGCUGUAUCAGAAGGGUCAUUUUCUAAGAGUGGUGCUGACAAUGAGAGAACAACAUUCGGAGGACUUCUCGCUGCCAUGAAAAAAGGUCGGUCUGCAUUUGGUGACCGAAGUGCUGCGAACUACAGUCAUGUUGGUCGCGAGCUAGAUGAGGGCAGCAUUAGUAGUUCGAGAGCAGUAAACCUACCCCGUCCUCGCCGGCGUAAUCUUAGUGUUGCCAGCAGUGUCCAUCAGCGCCCCUCGCCUAGGACGUCAAAAGAUAAUGUUUUCAACCCACACGAGUCUUCGAACGCUGCCCACGUGUUUCCUACUGGGGUAGCUUCUAGUGGUUUCAAAAUGACAAGAAGCUCUUCUAUGAGAGGAGCCGGUGCUCCGCCGGUUGAACUAAACAAGGCUAGCCUGCAGCAUGUUCGCAAACUCCUGCGGCAGCUCUUGAAAGAUGCCUCAAUACCUCACGUCCAAAGCUGGGAAACAGCUUUGCUUCCAAUUCUCCUGAAGGCGGCAGAUGAGGUUGAUCCGGACGUUCAGGGUGGUGACGAUAUGGACAUUCGUCACUACGUUAAGCUGAAAAAGAUCUCGGGGGGUCGACCUGGCGACACAUCUUAUGUAUCUGGCUUGGUGUUUACUAAGAACCUUGCCCUCAAGAGCAUGUCCAGAUGCGUUCCGCAGCCCAAGAUACUGAUCAUUGCCUUUCCACUCGAAUAUGCUCGUCAUCAGCAACAUUUCAUGAGCUUGGAACCUGUCAUCCGCCAGGAGCGUGAAUUCCUCGAAAAUUUAGUCAGCAGAAUAGCUGCUCUACGACCUAACCUGCUUCUCGUUGAGAAGAAUGUCUCCGGAUUGGCUCUAGAGCUGCUAGACAAAGUCAAAAUCGCAACGGCUUACAAUGUUAAGUCGUCUGUGCUUGAAGCUGUAUCCCGAUGCACGCAGACCAGAAUAAUUACUUCUAUGGAUAAGCUUGUGACCACUCCUGUGACCAGCGAGUGCGGUAGCUUUGAUGUCAAAACAUAUGUCUAUAAUGGGCGCAAAAAAACGUACAUGUAUCUGUCAGGCUGCCGCAAAGAGCUCGGGUGUACAAUUGUUCUUCGUGGGGGCGAUAGUGAAGUCCUCGCAAAGGUGAAACGGAUUACUGAGUUUAUGACCUAUGUUGUCUACAAUCUUAGGCUGGAGACUUGCCUAAUGAGAGAUGAGUUUGCUCAGAUGCCCGCGUUAUCUGAAAUCGAAACCGGAAGGGACUCAUCUGAUGCAGCAUGCUCGAGCGUCUUAUCUUCGGUGAGUAGGUGCGGGAAGAAAUCCAGUUCCCCUGCAUCAAGCUUGCUGCAGGACCCGAGUGAGAAGAAUGAUGGAUCCUUUCCAGAAAAGUCCGCAGUUACCAGCGAGGUCACAGAAGUUCCGGAUGAUGUUCCCAUGCCAACUUAUUACCAGGAUUUUGUGCAUGAUAGUGAAACAAAAAUUUUGUCAGCCUCUCCAUUCGUCAAGUUUGAGCCCCCUUACCUGCUUAAGCGUGCUAGAGAAAUGGAACGCAGACUGGCCUACCUGAAGCGUCUACGAGACCAGAACCUCGAUCUUGACCCAUCAUUAGACGAGAAAGCAAGAUCACAAAAGUUUGUUCUCGUGACCCCGGAAAUGGUUCAUGAAUCACCCCAAGGCGCUCCUCCGAAAGUAAAAGAGGUUUUGCAUGCGGCCCAUGACGCCGAAUACGACAGAGCGUUACAUAACUAUCAGACUCAGAAACGUCAGUGGGAAGCUUACAUUGCUGGAGCUGCAGGCGUUUUUGACCCAUAUGCACAUCAGAAUAUCGUCGUGCUCUUCAGCCUUGUCUGCACUACUUCAUCAAUUCCCUGCUCGGGUCCGGAUCUUCUUGCCUUGGAAUACUAUAAUGAGCACGGGGAUGACGCGGUCUUUGAACCCGACUGUGCGCUUGGUCAAUAUGUGGAGGACAUAUGCCUCAAUGCCAAUGCUAUUUGCAAUGCAAAUGGCUGCGAGAAGCGGAUGUUUGAACAUCACCGUCAAUACGUCCACGGUGAAGCUCAGAUAAGCGUUUUCAUUCAACCGCAUCCUUCGAAGCUCCGAGGACUUCAAGACACAAUUUUGAUGUGGAGCGCCUGCAAGAUUUGUGGAAAUGAAACCCAAGUCUUUCCCAUGUCCGAAAGCACCUGGAAGUAUUCGUUUGGGAAAUAUUUGGAGCUUUCUUUUUGGAGCAAGAACCUUCAUGCUCGGGCUGGGAUUUGCCCGCACGAUUUGCAGCGUGACCACCUUCGUUACUUCGGCUUCAAGGAUGUUGCCUUGCGCAUCCACUACGACCCCAUCAAUCUGCUCGAAAUCAUUGUCCCAAGGACACGAGUCACGUGGAAAGUAGACAACGAUCUAAAGCUCAGGAAUGACAUUUAUCUCAGAACCGAGCAGCGUCUAAACAAGUUCAUGCUCUCUGUCAAAGCGCGCUUGAAGGGUAUUAAUGUUGAAAGUGUCAUUCCCAAGUUGGCAGAAGACUGCAAGCGGGAAAUUGAAGCCCUAACGAAAAAGGCUAGCGAAGACCAUGCCGCUCUAGUCAAACAAUUGCAAGACAAGUAUAUCAAUUCCCGUUAUUGGGAAGUUACUCCUUUGAAUGAAGUGCUACGUUUUGCUCAGGAGAAAGUUGUUGAAUGGGAUACUGCAUUUGCAGAAUUUGAAAAGAAUUUCUUUCCUUCCGAAAAGGACAUCAGGCGACUAGCAACCUUGCAGUUGAAGAAGAUCUUCUUAGAUAAGGAUGCCUCUGUCACAUCUCUUACUUCAACUGAAGAGGCUCCAACCACCCCGACAGAACCUGAGAGUGAAAAUACUGAAGAGCCCGACCAAGGCCGUCCCAUGCGUCGCAUGACUCUGUCUCCAGAAAAGGCGCAAGAUGUCCUAGUAUCUGUUGUUGAAGAGCAUUCAGGGAAGAAAAAGAAAGCUGAGGCCCAAGAAAAUAGCCCUGCCAAACCUGAACAAUCUGAUACACCAAACUCAUCACCUGCACCAGAGGAAAUACUUCCAUCUUCCCCUAGCGACGAAGCCAUAGCGGAAAAGGAAGUACAACAUCUGGACUUAGCGAUGCCUUCAAGCCAACCUGAACAGUCAUUCGUGGAAACAAAUGCUCGGAACACGAUGGGUCGACCAGAACCUGUGCCUUUUACCUCCGAUUUAAGUAAAGGCACUCCAGAGGCUACUAUCCCCGAGCAAGAUGAACCACAGACGCUGAGUCAGAGGAGCGACGUUGCUGAGAAACUUAUGAACUCUCCAAACUCUCCGCCAAGUUUUCAGCGUUCCGCAAUUCCACGGCUAGCCGAGGCUGCUACUAGACGCACUGCGAAAGCAACUUCUCCACCCUUGUUUCGUGCUCAAUCACAGCCCGCUCAGCUCCAGAAGGAAAUAGGGUAUGAUAGUACGCCCUUAAAAGGGUUCAGAAUUAGCCCUGGGAGAGUUGGUGGUCGAGACGGUGCACCUAGUCCACCCCCCUAUGAAACGAGGUUCAAGGGUUCAGACAAGAAGCUAUCAGAACGAUUCGGCCUCAAUGCCUUCAGAAACGGAAGGCUCACACCUGGCCCAUCUUUAAUACCUCGUUCGAUACCGACAAGAAAGGGACAUACGCGUGUUUCUUCUUUGGCUAAGCAUUUUGAGCAAUUAAGCCGCGAAUUCGAGAAAGAGCGACAGCGUGAAAGAGCACAGAGAGCUGCGAAACGCUCACAAUCUCGUGCAUUCCCGAUUGCAAGUUCUAAGCCUAUUGUGGAGGUAUACAAAAAUGUCAGGGAGGCAGUUGAGGAGCGAGAGCCUUCUGGUGAAGGAGAGGAUCUCCUUUCGGCCGCGUCGCGGAUUUCUAUAGACGACUUGAGCAAAGGAAAUGAAGAAUUCUUAAGGAGGCCCUCAGAAGAAGAACAAAGAAAAGGUCGUCCUUCACAAGAGCAAUCUAGCUCGCCAGUGGAAAGCGACAGCCCCGCCCAGAAUGCGGAUCACAUUUUAUCAGAGGGCGAGGCUGAAGAGGGGCAUAGUGACGAAGACAGGUCCUCGGUAAAUGGGCUUCAGGUUACUGAAUCAAACGAAGAAUCACCCAAGAUGUCUCCAGAGGAUGAACAACUGGACCUCAAGGAGUUCCCAAAACAUGAAAGAAGCACGCUUCUUAAGUUACUAACAAAUUUCUGGUCUGAGCGUUCUGCCAGUGGAUGGACUCCUCUCGACUACCCACUGACCAUGUCCGACCAUGUUUUUGCAGAUUGCGAUAUUAUUGUGCGCGAGGAUGAACCAAGCUCUCUCAUCGCUUUUGCUUUGGACUCUCAUGAUUAUAAAGAGAAGCUAGCGAGCAUCCAAAAACGCUAUGAGGAGCUCGAUGAAACCGAAGCAGAUCUAGGGGAAGGACCAGAAUCCAUGGACGAAGCACGGGUUGAGCAUGCGCUUCUGAGGUCUACGGGGACGCAUCUCAAAUAUCAAUUCCAGGAAGGUCAGGCAAAGAUGCUUUGCAAGGUGUUCUAUGCUGAGCAGUUCGACGCUUUGCGGAAGAAGUGCGGUGUUGCCGAGCGUAUUGUGGAAUCAUUAUCCCGAUGUGCUAAAUGGGACUCCAAGGGGGGAAAGACAAAAUCUAUCUUCUUAAAGUCGUUGGAUGAUCGGUUUAUCUUGAAAUCACUCUCACCCAUCGAGACGCAGGCCUUCCUCAAGUUUGCUCCCGCUUAUUUCCAGAUCAUGUCUGAAGCGCUGUUUCAUGAGCUACCGUCCGCGAUUGCGAAGAUGUUCGGCUUUUACCAAGUGAUUAUCAAGAAUCCUGCCACAGGCACGGAGUUUAACUGGUUUCUUUUACUAAUGGAGAACUUGUUCUACGACCGCGUUCCGACGCGGAUUUUUGACCUCAAAGGCUCAAUGAGGAAUCGCAAGGUACAGAGCACCGGGGAACGCAACGAGGUCCUUCUUGAUGAGAACAUGGUGGAUUUUAUCUACGAGACGCCGUUAUUCACCAGGGAACACUCGAAGAAGCUUUUGAGCCAGAGUGUUUGGAAUGAUACUCUGUUCCUCGGACGUCAAAAUGUCAUGGAUUACUCACUCAUGAUCGCUAUCGAUGAGAGUCGAUCGGAAUUGGUGGUUGGCGUGAUUGAUUGCAUCCGUACCUAUACCUGGGACAAGAAGUUAGAAUCGUGGAUCAAGGACCGUGGAUUCGCUGGCGGUGGUAAAAACCGGCCUACCGUGACGAGUCCUAAGGAAUACAAGAGUCGGUUUAGGGAGGCAAUGGCACGAUACGUUCUCCAAGCCCCAAGUUGUUGGAGUCAAUUCCAACAACCUCAGAUGUAUCGGUACACUCCGGUGGACCAACCUCCCAGCCAGGCAUACUGUGCCUUGGAAGGUGAUACCGCUGAGGGAAAUGAAUCAGGUGGUUCCUAACGGCCGAUGAGGAGGAUAUACGAUUUUACGACAUGAUUUACUCAUCUUCAUUCAUUCAUUCUGAAAAUAGCUUCAUUGCGACGGCGUUCACGGCAUCAGCAUAGCGAGCUGCACAUACACCCUUUUUGAACGUUCCUUUUUCGUUUCCUUUUUUUUAUACUUCCGAACUUCCCAUGUGAUGAUCAUGAGAGUUGCCAUACUCCAAUUAAUGUACUGAUAAUGAUUGUAAUAUGGAGAAACAACAGACACUAUGCACUGUCGCUGCCAUAGAGACAAGAAACAAUAAAUGACCAGAACCUUAUUACGUACGCGGCCAUAAAAAGACGAAAUUAAAAGAAUUAAAU